ACCCUACAAGAUGCCGGUCCGGCCCUGAAUACCCAACGUUCUGGUCUUAUGAAAUCUAUGUUGAGUCUCCUCAAGCGGUUAUGUCUAGACGCGGAAUGGAGCGACGUUAUGCAAGCUGCUAUGGAUGGAGAGUUUCCGAAUAUCCUGCGUCGUAUUUUUCUGAAUGGUCCGACACACUUCACACCGCAUCUGGCAUUGUUUGCAAUGGAAGCCAUAACAAACUACCUUUAUACAUAUCCCUCGCGUAUUUCUGCAAUGCAGGAUAAACAAAUCACAACAGACAUACUCAAGGCAAUGACUGAUCAACCGCUACCUCAAAACCGUGAUUUUCUGGUCCAAUUACCCGGUUUGUUCAAUACGUUGGCCCUCAACUCACGUGGUAUCGAAGCGAUUCAGUCUAGCGGGGUGUUGUCACAAUACCUUGAUACACUUGUUUCACCGGAAUAUCUUCCUACAAUGAAGACCAAACGCGUACGAGAUUUUCUGUCCCAGAUUUCUUACAACCCGACAUCGGGCUCAGGUCAAAGUCUGUCCAACAGUCUCACUGCCAGUCAAAUGAGCAAUGCGAUUCAGGAACUGUUGCGUUCACACAAUGAAUUGAAGCCGACUGUAUUUCAGAGCUUGGUUGCGUGCAUCAAACGUGUUGUCGAGUUAGGCAACAUGCAGCCUGCUACCCUGCUUCCAGAACCUGUAUCCUCAUCUGAUGUUCCGGAUUUUUCCACACAAGGUGACCAAAAGUCAUCCACUCACUUACUUCGUCCCCUUGAGACACAUAAUCAACCUUCUGGUUCAGGCGGUUCCUCGCAUACAGUGGCUGCCGGUUGUGCAGCACGGACAACUACCCACAUCGGUGAAGUGCCUAAUUCAACCCAAGAUCGUGGUGGGGUGAUGCUCGAUGAUGAUGUCGUUAUGCUUUCUGGCGGCGAAGAUGAAGAUGAGGACGAUGAGAACGACAUUGAUGACGUGACCCGCGCUACACAGACGGCGUCUACUGCUGCAACCCGUCAGUCGGGUCAAAACACGGGAUCCAGACUGCUAGAUUCACGUUCUGUCUCCCCGACCACUUCACUAAAUCUUAAAGAGGGCGCUACACCAACGGGAAACAAAAUUCAAACGAUUUUACCCGACGGCACGCCGAUCCCACCACAGAUGUUUCUCUCCGAUUUUAUGCUUAAUACGUGCAAAUUCUUGGAGAAACUACUUCCGUCGGCGUUACAUGUAACGGAAGCAAUGUGUCGCCAUUUCGUUAGCCACGGUGGUCUACAGGUUCUGUGUGAUUUGCUUCAGAUGCCCGGAUUGCCAUAUGAUUUCCCCGUCUCGGCCGCUUGUGCCUCACUGUGCAAAAUUUUUGAGGAUUUAGCAAAUUCUAUCAAUCUGAAUGAUGUUAUCGAACCUCUGUUUCAAUGCUUGGAAUCUUCACUGACAAAGUUAUCCGAUUUGUACAACUCUCAUUUUCGAGUGAAAUCAAUUUUGUUGAUCGAGUACAUGGCACAGGAACACACGCAUCUUCAUGAACUCGUGGUCACUGCUUCGAUUAUCUGUAUCAUGGUGCAAAUAAUCGACCAUCUUAAACCGGAGCUCCGACCGACUUUGGCUAACAAAUGGAUCAGCCGCAGUCUCCUAACCACUUUGGGUCGUCUGUAUCUCGGUGUGUCAUGGGAAGCUGGCAUCCUUCUCACUGUGCUCGCUGGUGACAAAGAAAUCACGGAGGAGGAUUUAUGCCCAUCAAAGAAGUCAGCUAUGCAUUCUACUUGUUCACGUCCUGGCAGCAGCAAACCAACCGACGGUGACGUGAAAACAGCGUUAAAUGCAGAGCCAAUCCCACAAUUUGUCGAGGCUUUACAUAUAUACGCGCUUCUGAAACCGAAAAAGACGCACGCCACGCACCGAAUUGUACAUGUGACUGCCUUUCUGAUCAAUUCCGUGACAGAAUUGUUCACAGCCUGGGGGCGAUUCUUCGCAAAUCGCAAUCAGGUCAGCUAUCGUCGCAGACGAAUGAACUUGACAUCUAAUGAGCAGAUUCCAAGCUUUACGAAGUACGUUGCUCUGUCGCAAGUAUCGCAAGUGUUGACUGGUAUUUUGUCUUGGGAGGUUCCGACGGUAGUUGCAAACCACAGAGCUUCACCAAGAUUGCUUUGCGCUAUGCGCUACGCUGCUGUGCGUAUGACUAACCUACUGUUGCAUGAUCCAAAUCAUAAAGGCCCUCAAGGUGGGAUGCUUCACGCAUUUUUCUUUCAAGGCGGUGUUCAGCGUUACUUCGGCCUGUUUCGCGAACUUAUCAAUUUGGAUUUGAAUAACCCGGAUAUUCGGGAGCCCCUAACGGAAGUACUCGAAGAAUGGCUUGUUUGCGCCGGCCGUAUCAGCAACACGGAUCAUGUUUCUGCAGAGUUGCGACGCAUCUCUGAUACAGAUGGCUCAACUGUAGAUGUAGAGAAAUAUGUGGAAUCUAUACAUCAAAGUAUGCUUUUCCCCCUGGAACAGCUGUGUAUUCGGUCGGAUUUGCAGCUUACCUAG